UCUUCCAUCUUUAAAGAAACUUCUGAUGAAAUGGAUCUUGCAAUCGUAACAGAGGUUAAUAAAUUAUUUUAUCAAUAAUGGAUUUUGAUGACGACAUCCCAACAUUAUCAGCAGAUACUCUAGCUGCAUUACAAGCCUUCAAAAGUGAAGAGCAAGAAAGAAAUGAAAAAUUUAUGAAAAUGUACCAACAAGCAGAAGAUGAUUUCGAUAACCGUGAAAAGUUAACAAUUGACGACUUCAAGGAAGAUUGGCAACUAUCACAGUUUUGGUACAGCGACUCUACAGCAAACACCUUGCUAGACGCACUCUUAGAAGGUGCCACAGAAGAAACAGUUAUUUGUAUCGCCAGCGCACCUUCUGUUUAUGCAAUAAUAAACAAAAGGGAUCCUUCCACGCUACCGACAAAAAAUAUUUACUUAUUUGAAUUUGAUAAGAGAUUUGAACUACUGUCAGGCAAAGAGCACUUUGGAUUUUAUGAUUACAAUGACCCAAACAAAUUUCGUGAGGAUUUGAGGGGAAAGGUCGAUAGAUUAUUAAUUGACCCACCAUUUCUUGAAGCUGAAUGUCAGAAAAACUCAUCAGAAACAGCCAAAUUAUUAGUCAAGGAUGUAAAGACUUCAAAGUUGAUAACCUGUACAGGGGAAAGAAUGACAGAGAAUGUGUUGAAGAACUAUCCCGGUGUUCGAGUCACAGAUUUCUUUCCUGAACAUAAGAAUGGAUUAAGUAACGAGUUUAGAUGCUAUGCCAAUUUCGACUGCCAACAGUGGAAAAUGGUGUGAUUAUCCCUAAUAUUUUCACGAAAGCUAGCUUGCCAUUCUAUGUAACUGCUGUGUAGUAGCCGAGUAAGUUUCCUCUACCUAAUUACCCGAUAUCAAGCCUUCAUGAAGUAGCACAAUUUUGUAGAGAGCGGAACGAGCAACCGGUC